UAAUAUUUGACGUGUAAAAAUCUAUUUCAAACAGAGAAGCGUCACAUUUUCCCUCAAUUUCAGAUUUUUGUCCGGCGAAUCAUCGCGCUAUGCGUGCCGGAGGAGACAUGGGAUAUAUUGUUAUGAAAGACCUUUCCAUGAAUGUUGAAGAUGCGUCAAGAUAUUGCCAUGAAAACUUUAACGCCCGUGUUCCACGGUCUCCAAAUGAAGCAGACUACAAUCUCUUUCUACGGCAUCAUGGAAUCAUUAAUUUUUGGAACAGUUUGGAGACAACUGGACAUAAAGCUUGCGUAAAUAAUGACUGCAUCAAUCAGACCUAUGUUCGUCGGGAGGAUGGAUCAAUGUUAGAAAGUACUGGCCAAGUGGAACUUCGAAUGGGAACGUCACCAUAUUUGUGUUCAUUCGUGGCUAUUAAUCCGGAGGCUAACUCAAAAAUCAGGGUUCUUCCCAGGCCCUGUCACCAGCCUGUGGCAGUUGUUUGUGAAGUAUUUUGUUCCAAACUUGAACCGAAAUAUUGUCCAACCAGUCACCAGUUUGCUGCCAACGAUGGAAAAACAUGCUGCAACGAUUAUCGGCGGAAAUUUGAUCCUGAUUCAAGUCCUUUAUGCGAUGGAACUGACUUGUUGGUAACGGACCCAGAAGGAUGCUGCUUUGAUCCCAUUCCUUGUCCUCAUUCAGAAUCAGGUUGUCAAGAUGCACCAAGGUCAGCAAGUAUGUAUUUCUUGCCAUAUUAA